AUAAAUCGAAUUUAUUAUGUUCUAUCAGCUUGAUCAUCUGUCUGAUAUGAUUGCACGUGAUCCCAACCUUCAACAUCAAAGGCAACAUUCCUGUAUUAGUUUCCAUUCUUUAGUGAGUCUUGUGUAAUAAGCUGGUGACAUGUCUAAGAGUAAAGUAAAAGGAUUGCUGCAGCGGAUUCAAGAUGGAGAAAGUGUCAUUGUUGCAGAGGGGUAUAUCUUUGCCUUUGAACGUCUGGGAUACCUGAAAGCCGGGCCGUUCACCCCUGAAGUUGUAGUGGAUCAUCCCGAGCUUGUACGUCAGAUGUACAAGGACUUCGUGCGCGCAGGAAGUGACGUCGUCCAAGCUUUUACGUACUAUGGCAAUCGCAACAAGUUCAAGCUCGUUGGACGAGAGGACGAGCUCGAGAAACAGAACCGUCUUGCCCUCAAGAUGGCGAGAGAGGUGGCUGACGAAACGGGGACCUUGAUGUGUGGUGACCUCAGCAAUACAUGGGUGUAUGAACCUGGGAAUGAGGAGGCGAUCGCUGAGACCAAAUCGAUGUUCAAGGAGCAAAUCGAAUGGGCGGUGGACGAGGGAGCCGAUUUUAUCGUGGGUGAGACCUUUGGUCACUUUGAAGAGGCUCUUCUAGCAGCAAAGGCCAUCAAGGAACACGGACAAGGUGUACCUGCCGUGAUAACCAUAGGAACGCACUACUCUCAGAAGACCCCUGAUGGAAAGCCUACCACUGCGGACGGUGUGGAGUUGAACGAAGCCCUUCGCCGUCUUGUAGAAGGUGGAGCAGAUGUGGUUGGCUUCAACUGUACCAGGGGACCUCUCUCUAUGAUACCAGUCAUUGAGAGCGCCGUGGAGGCCAAUAUCGGGGCUCCUUUGGCUGCGCUUCCCGUCCUAUACAGGACAACGGUGGACGAACCCAGUUUCUUUGAUCUUCCAGAUCCUUGGACAGGAGAGAGGGCGUUUCCGCUUGACCUUGACUGCCUCCUCUGCUCACGAAGGGACGUUGUCAAGUUUACGGAACGGUGUGCCCAACUCAAGAUACCGUACGUGGGACUGUGCUGUGGGAAUGCCCCUCACUACACCCGGGCCAUGGCCGAGACCCUAGGGAGAGUCACAGAGGCAUCGAAGUAUUCACCAAACAUGUCCCUACAUGGGAUGUAUGGCACUGAUGAUACCAAACUCACCACUUACUACACCAAACUUUACCAAACUGCGACGACCAAGAAGUAGGAUUAAUCAUCGAAAAGCCAUCUGCUGAGUUUAUACUCGACGUUAUUAAACAGGCUAAUACAUAUACUGUAGAACCAUUUAAAGCCAGUUUGAAGACUUUCCUAUUUGUAAACCAAGAUUUACUUAUUAUUGAUUAAAAAAGGGAUUACAAAUUCGCUCCUCUGCAAACAGACCUCACUAAAUUGAUAUCACCCUCGUCUACGACUCGGGCGAUAUAAAUCUAGUAUGUCGUAUCGCCCCGAGGCCAGUCAAUAUUGCUUUAUUAUUGACCAAAACAUAUUAACAUGUCACUUUAUUUUGUCAAUCAUCCUAAUAAUAUGUACGAGUAAAUUUUUAAAGGUCAAGUCCACCUCGUGAAAAUGUUGAUUUGAAUCAAUAAAGAAAAAUCAGACAAGCAUAAUGCUGAAAAUUUCAUCAAAAUCGGAUGUAAAAUAAGAAAGUUAUGACAUUUUAAAGUUCGCUUAUUUUUCACAAAACAGUUAUGUGCACAAUUUAGUCACAUGCAAACGAGAGAAUCGAUGAUGUCCCUCACUCACUAUUUCUUUUGUUUUUUAUUGUUCGAAUUAUACAUUAUAAUUUCAAUUUUUGCAGAUUUGAUAAUAAGGACCAACUUGACUGAACCAUAAAAUGUUAAGCAAUGGUAAUUCAACAUGAUCAGGGAGAAAUAAAACUUUGUUUCACAGGACAAUGUGGAGAAAGUAAAAAUAUUUCAUAUUUCAUAUAAUAAAAAACAAAAGAAAUAGUGAGUGAGUGGUGUCAUCAGUUCCCUCAUUUGCAUAUCGCCCGGGAUGUGCAUAUAACUGUUUUGUGAAAUUAAGCGAAAAUUUAAAAUGUCAUAACUUUCUUAUUUUACAUCCAAUUUUGAUGAAAUUUUCAGUGUUACGCUUAUUGAAUUUUUCUCUUUUUAUUCAUAUCAAAUUUUUGUUGGGGUGGACUUGUCCUUUAACCAAUUUUGUUCAUUGUUCCACAAUGUGUGCUCAAACAGGCUUUUAGAUACUCAUAGUUAAGAUUGAUAUUUAUAAUUCAUAUUAUCGGUUGGUUGGGCUUGAUUAUGGAUUACUGACAUGGUUGUUUGGCUUGGGCUUGAAUAAUAAUUAUUGGCAUGGUUGGUUGGUAGCACUUGAUUGUAAGGUAUUAAUUGGUUGGUUGCGUUUGAUAACCCAGUAUUGACAUGGUUGCAGUGGCUGCGGAAACGGGGGGGGGGGGGCUUCAGCCCCCACUUUUUUUUCCAAAACCGUGUACAAAAACGUAUGUGAUUUUUGCAUGGUCAGCCCCCAAUUUUGGCUCACCCCCCACUUUCAAAUCGUUUUUGGUUGAGUUUGAAUGAAAUGGUAGUUAGUUGGGCUUGAUUAUUGAUAUGGUAGGCUGGUCUGGGCAUCAUUAUUCAUGUUACUGGGUAUGCGACAUAGUUGGCUGAUUGGGAUUUACUAUUUUAGUUAUUGACCUAAGGGCUUGAUUAUAAUAAGAAAUAAACAAUGGUCCUGCUUGAUUUUUGAAUUGGUACUUGUUGGUUGGUAAUGAUACAACAGGUUGGACUAAUGUCAUGGUUGAUCUGCUUUAGGCCUAUAUGGUAAUUAAAUUGGCGACAUGAAUAUGUAUAAUUAUGGAUACACGUAUUUUGGUAAUGCAUCAUACAUCUUCCAAGGGGGAAUGGCCAAGAGCGCCAUGUUUCCAACCAUACGUGGGGACAGUCUAGCAUUACCAGAACAUAUUCUCAGUAUGGGUAUGUGGCCUAUGAUAUUGAAUUAUUUGGUUCGACCAUCAUCCUUUUCACAAGGUACAUACAUAACUAGUCCCUCGGAUCCUCAUUACUUCCUGUGUAACCUAGGAAGUGUAACCUAGCUAUCACAUUUCCCCCAUUACCCUUCUAUAAUGUCCCAUAAAAUAUAAUUUUCCUACAAAUGCCAUUUGUUUAUGUUUAUUUUAGAAACGUGCUGAGCAAUGUAAAAUCUUGAGCAAAACUAUAAAAGUGAUAAGUGGCAACGUCAACCUGAUAUCUUUUAUGAUAUUAAAGUUCGUUUAUUACCCAUCGUUUCAUAUAAAGUACCUGUCUUUUUGACUAAUCACCUUCGAACGACUUGUUUAUGGGUAGUUUCUUUAUAUUUUAUUUGCAAUUUCCAAACAACCUGAUUAAAUUAUUCUGUUUGAUAAAUAUAGACUAAUAAAAGCUUAAUAAAGAGUUGAAAUUAACACGUUAAAUUUGUCAAUUAAUUAUCUAUAUUAUAGUUCUAAGGAACUUUAUCACUUGUACUCUCUAAAUUUGAAAGCAAAUUUUUAUCUUAGAUUCUGUCACAAUUUAUCUAUAUACCACUGCCUCCGUCUAACAUUAAUCUUCAAACUUUGUUUGGGGUAGCAACUUUAGUUUGAUAUCAAUGACAAUGUCUAAAUAAAUCUUGGCCUAUACUGUAUGUGACAGUGUGUGGCAGGACCUUUCCUGUAAAUCCAGAUAAUUUCUCAUGCAUCAGUUGAAGAUUAAUUUCACUCACAGACCGACCCACAUAUACUCUUUAACGAUACGAUAUAAUUAUCUCCUUUAGAUACUAUUCUAUACUUCUUAAAUAUUUCUACACUGCAUUAUAUCUGUAUGGCACAAUGACAGUCACUGUCAGACUCAAAUUGGCAGCAUAUACCAAUGAGGGUGCAUAAGCAAUACUCAUGGACCUAUAUGUCCAUAAUGCGCAGUCAAAGGAAACCCGGGGGGAGGGGGGGCUACCCGAAUCAUAACAUGAUACCGGGGCCAAACCAAAGUCGAAAAUAUGGGUUUCUGGAACUAAAACUUGGUCUUAAAAUUCGGGGUCUCCGGAACGGCUCUAGGAUCAACGAUUGCUAAAAAUGAAAUGCUCUGGAACUGACCAUACCAGAAAAUGGGGGGGGGGGGGGUCUCCGGAGCAGCCCUUUCGGCGACGACCGGCUGCGGAGCAGUUCAUGAAGGGCGCGCACUGGAACGAGAACCCACACAUUUGACGGUCCUCCAGAUUUUGAACAGAAAAAAGGGAAUUUCUAUGGCUUUCUAAAUUGGUGAUACUCUGGAACGGAAAUGUAAGUUGGAAAUGAGGGUCUCGACCGCGGUACAUACGUAUCAUACAUUUAUACUAACAACCUCAUAAAAAUAUAAACGUAAAUGCAUGCAUGGUAACUACAAAAAUACAGCGAUUAAUUGAUUUUCCCCUUAUUUUCGGAAUCGUGGGCUAACCAUGUUCAAUCGGCUUUGCUACUUCCAACAUUUAAACAUUCGCGUGUUAUCGUACAACCAUUAAAUUGCCGUUUUGUUGCGUUUUUUUCCUCUAAAAGAUGUAUGGUAUACAGUCAUGUAUCUGGACACACUCCUGCACCCCUGGGUGCCAUGCUUACAACACGUGGAAAAUGGCGUGAACUAUUUACGUUUUGUAUUAUUAUGAAUGCCUCAUAAACGUAGAUCUAUUUGAAUGAGGUUAAAAGAGGGACAUAAUGGGACUAUCGUUAUUCUUUGACCCGGCUUUCACCAAGUUCAGUUGUAAAAGUACCAGGGGUAAAGGUAGCUGAACAACAAUCAUGUCUGAUAGGCCUAAGUCUAACGUUAAAGGUACGUUGCAUGUUUUCAUGGUUCUAAUAGCAUAGUUGCGACUAUCAUCCUUUUCGCAUAGUAUGACCCUUUUUUGCAUCUAGCAUUGUUCUUGGUAUAAUCUUGUAAAAUCUAGCAUGAUCUAUUUUCUGCUACUUUCUAUUAAAAAAAAAACACAAUUCUUAAAUAUCUGAUAAUGUGAUUUAACCCGAUUUAUCAUAAGUUGGAGAUUAAAUACAGAAUCUGGUGAUAAAA